GAUCUAUGCCAUCAACGCCACAAGUGGGCGAUCUUUGGGUGUGUUCACGUUUGGAAACUUCACGCCCUACGACAUGGAGGACAUUGCAGUGGCACCGUGUACUAGCGGUGGGCGGAGCCAAACUGUGACACGAUGCUAGUGGACCCUCAAGGAAUUGUCUACGUCAUCUCCAGCAAGGUCGGAGGUCACGGGGUCAUGGGAAAACUUCCCAACAGCGGCUGGACCUCCGGGGACCAACGAGUGAAACCCGAGAGAACUGUGGUGACGUCAGCGGUCGCGUCAUUCACGCCCCCGAAUCCUGACUGGUUUAACGAGGGCCCCACGGGUGCAGACAUCUCCUCUGACGGUAAGGAAAUGUUGAUCAGAACCUACGAGCAGGUCCUCUAUUGGUACGUUCCGGACGGAGACUAUCUCACAGCCGCUUCCAACCAAACCGGACGUCCGGUGACGUCACAUCCGGAACCCCAAGGAGAGGGAGUGGCCUGGACACCUGACGGGAAGGGUUACUACACCACUUCAGAGGGGCUCCACCCUUACAUCUAUUACUUUGAGAGGGAAGACCGUCCUAUUGUUGGAUAAUGUCUGUAGUAAAUUGUGAGGCUUUAUGUUGAAAUUAGGCGCAAGUCAAAGAUAUAAUGAAAUCAAAGAAACCUA